AUGUUCGCAACGAUAUGCACGAAUCCAGGAUGUAGGAUGCUCUAUGAGAAAACCAAGAGAGAGAAGAAAGAAGCAAAUCAGAAGAUGGUCACAGAGGUCAAAGAGCGAAAACACGAAGCUAAGGAACUUGAACGGAAAUUUGAAGAAUCAUUAGCGAGUCACAAGGGCCUCGUCAAAGUCAACGCGAUACUUAAAAGCGAGAUGGUACGGGAAAAAGAAAAGCUAAAGCAAUUAGGAAUGACUUUGAGUGAAAAUGAGAAAAUGGCAACGCACGCUAUGGAGAUGUACAAGCUAAGAGAGCUAGAGCUGGAGAAGAAACUAAAAUCAAAAGAGCUGCACAUCGAAACAAUCGUGGAAAACUUACAGGAGACAGAAAAGACGGCAAGACGUGAGGUUGAGCGACUACAGACCGAAAAGGAUGACGAAAAGGAAAGAGCUGAGAAAGAGAAGCACUCACUGUCAGCAGAAAUGACGAAGAAACUCGCGUCUAAGCAACAGCAUGUGGACACUUUGACAGAAACCGUAAGGGAGAAAGAGCGAAAUGAGACGACUCUAAGACAGCAAGUUGAAGAGCAAAAGAAAGGGAGAGGGGAAGACAGAGCAAGAGCUGAAAAAGACAAGCGCUCAUUAGCAGCAGAUAUGACGAAGAAACUCGAGUCUAAGCAACAGCAUGUAGACACUUUGACAGAAACCGUAGGGGAGAAAGAGCGAAAUGAGACGACUCUAACAAAACAAGUUGAAGAGCUAAGGAAAGGAAAAGAGAGAGACAGAGCAGGAGCUGAAAAAGAGAAGCGCUCAUUGGCAGCAGAUAAUACGAAGAAACUCGAGUCUAUAGAGCAACAUCAUGUAGACACUUUGAAAAAAAUCGUGGAGGAGAAAGAGCGAAAUGAGACGAAUCUAACACAACAAGUUGAAGAGCUAAGGAAAGGAAGAGAGGAAGACAGAGCAAGAGCUGAGAAGGACAUACGAUCAAUAGAAUCAAGCUGGAAGAAGGAGCAUGACUCAAAGGAACAGCUUUUGGAGCAACUUGAGCGUGAGAUCUGGAAGCUGAGAACCAAAAUUCAACUAGAAAGUGAGAUGCGAUCAGCAGAGCAGAAGAAGAAAGCAGAGACACAUGACUGGAGUUUAAUUCAUUGGAUGAUUUCUGGAAAACAAGCUCAUGGUGAGGAGCCCCCAGAUGAUGAGUUUGCAGGCAUAUUACAGCAGAUAGCUGACGAUCUUUACGAUGAAGCCAAGAUCGACAGCCUUGCUGGUCAGCUGGGAAUCCUACAUGGUGAUAUACAGAGAGCGCUCAUGACCAAUAUGAGGUUCGGCCGUGUUACCAGUGAUGGAACUCGCCAUAUGCUGAAACAAUGGAGAAGAGGUGUGUCUAGGGAAGAUGAACGGAUUGAGCUAAAGAAGGCACUGCAAGCUGCCAAGUUGGUCAACCUUGCAGUCGCAGACCUGUAUCUCAGCGAAGGUGUGGCAGAAGAACAGAUCGAUGCUGAAUAUGCCAACGAAGACGUCAAUUAUCAACAGCUCUCUAAUAGAGAUGAAACCUCUCUAGAACAGGACCUGACCAAAGGACACACUGACAUCCAGGUACUUCAGGAAGCUACAGCAAGCAGUAACAACACUGAUCGAGAUGAGCCAACAGGAAACAUGGCUUCCAAAACCCUGGAGGACUUGACAGAUGGAAGUAGGAGUCAAAACCUUGACAAAUCACCGGAGUGCAGUACAGAGGAGUUGGAUGAAUCUGUAGUGACUUCUGAAGAAGUGUCCUCUGAAGAAGUUCAUCCAUGUGAAGAUAUGAACAUCGUGAGUAGCAUUCAACAUUCUGAACAAUCGCCCAGUCGGGGAAAGCAAGUCCUACCUGAAGAUAUGUCUGCGAUUGCCCCUCUGGUAUCUUACGGUGGGAAACCCAACGAGGAAUCCACCCCCUUUGAUAAAAGCCAUGAAGGCGGAAUCAAAAGUAAUGAAGAAGAUCUGAUUUCUCAACUCGUUCUUCUUGAUACAUCCCCGGAGAAAAUAUUGCUCCUUUUCCUCGUAAAGAUAGUAAUGGAUGUUACCGGGAAAGCACUCAAUUUAUAA